GAGAGGUGACUGAGCUCACACUCAGGGGAAAGUUCGUGGACCCAAAGGCUGGGGCUGGCGGUGCCGGGCGUUAGGGAGCAGGAGGAUCAGAACCAGGGGAGCAGUCGGCGGGGCAGACAAACAAGGAGGAAGCAGGCAGGCGGCCAAUCGGAGUCAGACGAAGGAUCGGGAAACCAGCAGGGAAGCACUCACGUUGCGACGUCGGAACUGGAGAACGCAAAACAGCCACAGGGACAGGGACAAGCAGACGGGGACCAGGAAGCGCACAGGCAGAACUCGUGGUCGGCGACAGAAGCUGAGGCGUUUACCGGGUCAGGGACGAGCAGAGUCGAUAACGGGAAGUCAGUCCUGAGAUGACUGCUGGAAGGUCUAGCAUGAUAGUGAGAACAAUCUGGCAAAGAGCAAGUGAACCGGGGAUGCAUAUAUACUGGCCUGAUUGGAGAUCGAGUGCAGCUGGGGGCAACAGGUGAGGACAAUGAGGCUGAUUAGGAGGUGUGGCAGAGUGGAGAGUGACACAGAGGCAUAGCAGGCGAGGACGGGCUUCCAUCAAACGCAUAAAAUGGGACAUCUCCCUCUGUCCAGCCUGUGCUUCACUGUCUGUGGUUGAUGAGACACACUGUGAGCAGCGGCCAGAAGGAGUUCACCAUGAUGCAUGCAGCCCUGAGUAUCUGGAUCUUAUCAGCAGUGGUCUGCCUGGGAAGAAGCAAUCCCCAUUUAGGCCAUGGCAAGGAAAAGACAUGCCAAGACACUGCAGUUGACCCUGGUACCAGCAGUGUCUCACUGGUGACUUCAGCAAACAAAGAGUUUACCUACAGUCUGUACAGGAAGUUAGUGGCUCAUGCUGACUUACAGGGCAAGAACAUCUUCUUCUCACCAAGAAGUGUGUCCAUGGCCUUGGCUGCCCUGUCUGUAGGAGCACGGGGGGAGACCCACGAACAGCUUUUCAGCGGUCUGGGCUUCAACAGCUCCCUACUGACACAGGCAAAUGUAGAUCAGGCUUGCCAUACAAUCCUCGAAAGGUCAAACAAGCUGUCUCAAGAAGACACCAGUGAAGGGAUGGCUGUGUUCAUGGAUAACUGCUUCAAGCCACACCCUGAUUUCCUGGAAGUCUUGAAGCAGUCCUACUUUUCAGAGGGGUUUAAUGUUGACUUCUCCAAAACCACAGACAGCGCCAAUACCAUCAAUACGUAUGUGGCAGAGAAGACCAAAGGGAAGAUACACAAGUUGGUUGAAAAUCUGGCUCCAAACACAGUCAUGUAUCUCAUCAGCUACAUCUACUUCAAAGGAAAGUGGCAGACUCCAUUUGACCCUAAACUGACCAAGGAGGAGGAUUUCGUUCUGGCUGAGAACACCAAGGUUCCAGUGCAGAUGAUGAAUAUGGAGGAAGAUGUUGACGUCUAUCAUGACCUUGCAAUUAACACAUCAGUCCUCCACCUUCCCUUCAACAGCUCCUACUCCAUGCUGCUGAUGUUGCCUAAUAAUAUGGCAGAACUGGAGACUGCCAUUUGCCCAGGCCACGUCACCAAAUGGCUGAAGGGGAUGAAGUCCAGGACAUAUGACAUAUUUGUUCCAAAGUUCUCCAUCAAGAAUUCCUACAAGCUGAAUGAUGUGUUGAAUCAAAUGGGAAUGACGGACAUGUUUGGUGAUCGUGCAAACCUGAGCGGCAUUUCAGAGGGGCAAAAACUGGCAGUGUCAGAGGUCGUGCACCAAGCUACCCUGGAUGUGGAUGAGGCCGGAGCCAUCGCCACAGCUGCCACAGGCAUCGGCUGUCUGUCCCUCCAAUACAUCCCUGUCAUGAGGUUCAAUCGUCCAUUUAUGGUCAUGAUCGUUGACCGCAUCACAGAAGAAACCCUCUUCAUUGGCAAGAUUACCAACCCAAAUGAAUGAUGACAAAGAUUUUUGUGUUGGCUCAAGCACAGCUGUUGCAUCAGAUAUAAACACUUAAACAUUUA